CUCAAUUAUCACUUCCACAAAACGGCUAUGUACAUGGGCGUUCGUAUUUAUGGUGAUCCAUACAACGAUUUCGGAAAAGUGCAACAACGGUCAAGAUAAACACCCCACAGCAACAUGCUCUAAGGAUUUACGAAUACAGUGUCCAAAUACCUAUAAAUGCAAGUCUCAGCAAUGUUGCAAAAUGGAUGCAGUAGAAUGUGAUUCGUUAAACGACCCAGAAGGUAUACCAUACCCUUGUCGCGGGCCAGCAAAAAGGACAUGUCCGGACGGGUAUCGAUGUGUGGUUCAUCCGAAAUAUUGGUGGUCCGUGUGCUGUAAGGAAACUGUAUGUAAGGAUCAAGACAAUAAGGUGCAUGUUGACGAGGACGGGCAGUGGUUAAAUCCCAAGGAUAUGUGCAAUAGAUGCUUCUGUAACUCGACAGGUGGCUUUCGUUGUACGGAUAUGCCACGGUGUAGAAAAUGCACUGUUGGCUCCGUCAAUGGCAAAGACAAGAAAUUGAGGCAAGGCAAAGCAUGUUGGACAACAGACGGGUGCACACAUUGUGAAUGUAUAAAAGGAAACGUCGUAAACUGUACAGGGCCGUGUCAAACAGGACAGAAAGAAUCCACGGAAUUUUCCCCGUGCCCGACAUCCGAGGUUUCUGGCAUACAGAUGAAACGAGUCCGUCUUCACAAAUGCAUCUCACGGGCUAAGACCAACGGAAAAGUAGGAGAAAGGGGAGAAUGGUGCCCAUCUGGUGGCGUUAAGCUAGGGAGAAGGGAUGAAACAUUCAAUGGGGGUGAGGUUGAUGCACCGUGCAUUGAUCUUAUACCAGAAGUCGAUGCUUGCCAGUCUAAUGAAGUAAAAAUGGGCAAAAGGAAAUUUAGUGAAACAAGGAGACAUUUCAUUGUUGGUGGAAAUGAAACAUUACCAUACAAUUGGCGUUGGAUUGCUCAGCUCUCUGACGUCGACGGUCGUCAUCAUUGUGGAGGAUCAAUCAUAUCUCCUAAGCAUAUCCUGACUGCGGCCCAUUGUAUAUGCGAAUUCAACAAAGGGCUAUGCCCAUGUAGAGGAGGAGGGCCAGUCGACUGUACAUUUAAUCUUUCUGUUGCCUUACACAACAUAUCUAAUAUUGACCCAUCGCGGACACAAUUUAGAACCAUUCACACAGAAAACAUAACUAUACAUCCGAACUACAGCAUCGGAUCGACAGGAGGGCCUGUUGAUGAUUUAGCAAUAUUGGUAGUUGACCCGCCGCUUGAGUUCAACGAUGAUACACAGCCUGUUAAACUACCUGAAAAUGUUGAUGAUCUAGCAUUAAGAGUGGAAAAUGAAGAAUGCCAGGUGAUAGGUUGGGGCAAUACACAUGGAAGCAUACAUGCAAACACAUUCAGCGAUGUUCUUAAAGAGGCGAAUUUAGAAGUAAGGAAAUUUUGCCCAAAAAGGUUAGGAUCACGAUCAGAUACGGUCAUUACAGAUACUAUGUUUUGUGCAUCAAAGGAAAGAACAGAUUCAUGUCCUGGUGAUUCUGGUGGUCCGUUGAUGUGUCUUAGACAAGGAGUAUGGACACAGUAUGGUAUUGUUAGUAAAGCUUCUGGCGAGACUGAAAUUACGGAAAACAACAGACAGAUCACUGUACGGUGCGGAGCUGCUAAGUUCCCAGGAGUUUACACAAAUGUGGGCCCAUUUUUGGAUUGGAUUUACAGCACAAUGGAGCAAGAUAAUGUGUGGAGUGAAUACAGUCCUUAUACAAAUUGUUCAGUACAGUGUGGUGUCGGAAUGCGAUAUCGAACGAGAGUGUGUAUUUCUAUGUUACCACCUUAUAGACUUGGUGAGUGUCCAUACAAUAAUGCCAAUAACGAAAAUGAGACACUUGUAGAAUUUGUGAUGAAAGAUGGUCAUCAAUUUGAAAUUGAAUCUUCGGUUUGUAAUACAAAUAAAUGUUGA